GAAAUUUAUUUAAAUCUUAACCCACAAAAUGACAACGACAAUGACACACCUUUUGAAAUAAAUAAAAAAAUUAUCUAAUAACUCACCUCAAAAGUGAAAUCGACGUAUUCUUUGUUCGCCGUUAAUCUGCAGAUUAAAAAGUCGGGUUUUAUCGUUAUUUCGGGUUCGAUUCCUUCACCGCUUACGAUUAAGGGGCACCGAGUGUUGUUGGAGUUGAUUUCGAAGAAUUCUAUCGACUGAAAAAAAGAGGAAAAAUCGAAAAUAACAAGAUGAACGGGAAAAGUGUUUUAGCUAAAUCUGGAAAGACGAAGUCGAGGCCGUUUUUAACGAGGGCUCCGUUUGGGGUGCAAACGAAACGGUUUGCUGCCAUUGGAUUUCAUCCGGGUUUAGAUCCGACCGGUUCUUUAAGUGCUUAUAAACAAAAAUUGGCUCCGUGCGAUUAUAAUCCGGUUAAAACGAAGGAGUGUGCUUAUAAAACGGGAAAAAUGUGGGAAAGAAUGGUAAACUCGGAAGAGUUUUCGAAAAACCUCGGAUUUCGUAACGCAAAGGUUUUAGAAUACCGCACAUUCAUGAAAUCGAUGGGAGGCCCGGGAACUUACGAAAUCCCCGAAGAAAUAUUCAAAAAGCAGCCAUCAUCCGCUUUAGAAAACAAAUCGUUCGGGGACCAACCGCGUUUCCGCUCGCUCAUUCAAAACAACAACCCCCCGCCCGCAACUUAUUUUCGAGAUUUCUCAAAAACCUCGACGAUCACCAAAAAAUCGUUCAUCACAAUCCCUUCGUUCGAAUGGGACGGAUUCCGAGACCGUUUCCGCGGAUUAAAUUUCAGCUUCCGACAACCCCCGAAUCGCUAUCGCAUAAACGACCCCAAUUCGAUGGAGAACCGGCUCAAACAAGUCUCGAAAAAGAAGCUACCUUAUUGUUUAUUUUCGGGACAGCGCGAUAGUACGAGUAUUAAGAACCAUUUCGCCCCGGCGAUAAAUUGCAGCCCCGAUAAGAUUUACGAUUGGCAAUCGGGGAUGGGGCUUUCGUAUUUAUUAAAUCACCCCUCGAAGAGUCGAACGGGAAAGUUUUUUAAAGCGGAUCGAGUCCCGAAAAAACCUAUUAUUAAAAAUAUGCAAGAUGAUCUAGCGACUUGUUACAAAGAUCCAACUUUUCCUGGACCACCUCAUUACACAAUCAAACCAGGGUGAGUUUUAAUUAAUUAAAUUAAUUCAUUAAAAAUUGAGCCAUAUAUCAAGAUUAGGAGUCUCUUUUAAAAAUCGAUGAUUUUUUUUUAAUCGAUAAGAAAUGAGUCAAAAGAGGCGUUAAUGAUAAAAAAAAAAGUGCGGAAAAGUGUAGUA